AUGUCAAAUAUUGAAUCAUUAAAUUUACAUUUUACUAUUGAUAAUCAAACUACAUUUAUUGAUGGUGAACACAUUUAUAAUGAAAUUAUUGUUCAUAUGUCACAACUUCAAACAUUUAACUUUUGUUUUUGUACCUUUAUUCAAUUGGAUUAUUUAGUUCAUCAUUUAUCUAAAGAUGAUAUUCUACAAACUUUUUCUAACAUUAUGUGUCAACAAGUGGAUUGUAUGAUCAACUAUCGGCGUUAUGAUGUCAAAUAUCAUGUAUUUUCAUUACCAUUCAUGUUUGAUUAUCUUCCAUUUAUUGAUAAUAUAUUUCCAAAUAUUAUUUUCAAUCAUGUUAUAAGGUUGAUCGUGGAUGAUGAAAUUCCAUUCAAACAUGAAUUUUUCAUGCGAAUUGCUUGGUCUUUUCCUUUACUUAAAGAAUUACAUGUUUUUAAUCUUAUGCCACAGUCAUCAAUAUCAAACAAAUUAAACUCUAAUGAUAAUCAAUUACAUUCAACAAUUAUUGAAUAUCCUUAUCUUACUUUGCUUAAUCUUGGAUUUGUUCAUCAUGAUUAUAUCGAUCAAUUUCUUAAUGAUAAAAAAGCACAUCUACCUCGUCUAACCAAAUUAAUAGUCAAUUACUAUAAAUUAAUAACUGUCACGAAAAAUUUUACAAACGAUAGAACACGAGUCAAUUGUAUGAAAGUGAAACAAUUAAAUAUAAAUUCUAAAAUAAGUAUACAUUCAGAAGAUUUCUAUGUUUAUUUUCCUUCGUUGUAA